GAACACACGCUGGAAGUUGUCCUUCAGGAAUUUGAAACAGUAAUGGAAAAUAUUGAGGUUCAGAGGCACUGCAGUGUAGAAUAACCUUAACUCGUCUUUAAUAGAAUAUAGGCGUAGUUCCUAACUAAGGUUUUCAGUUGACUUUUAAGACGGACACGAAGGUAACGGUUAAAUCAAUGAGUUCUGCGGACAACCGUUGGAAAGGAGACCGACAUGGAGGGAGGACGGUGAAAGGAUUCGUCCAGAAGGCCCGUUCUCCUCGUCCUUCUCUAAACGAUUCACUGGAGGGAGAAGUUCAGGCCUUCCUCAGUGAUGAAGACCAACUCCACACUUAUGAUGACCUCACCAAAGUCAACCCAGUGACCCCAUCAACAGUGCUGAAAUGCCUGCAGGCCAGGUACAGUGUCAGGGUGUUUUACACCCACGCUGGCUGCACCUUGGUGGCUCUCAACCCCUUCCAGCCGAUCCCAGACCUCUACUCUUUGGAUGUGAUGAAGGAGUAUCACUGUGCUCCUCAGCCCCAGGAGUUCAAACCACAUAUCUUUAUUGUGGCAGAAGAAGCUUACAGGAACGUUCAGGGCCAUCUGGAGCCAGUGAACCAAUCCUUGGUGGUCAGCGGUGAGAGUGGUGCAGGAAAGACAUGGACGUCUCGCUGCCUGAUGAAAUACUACGCUACAGUGGCGGCCUCCUCCUCAGUGGUCAACAGUCAGGACACGGUGGAGAGGAUAGAGAGGAGGGUGCUGGACUCCAACCCCAUCAUGGAGGCUUUUGGAAAUGCCUGCACGCUGCGAAACAACAACAGCAGUCGCUUUGGGAAGUACAUCCAGCUCCAACUGGACAGGUGUCAGCUGUUAGUGGGGGCGUCUGUGCAAACAUAUUUGUUAGAGAAGACCAGAGUGUCCUGCCAACCGGCCAGUGAGAGGAACUUCCACAUCUUUUAUCAGAUGAUGAAAGGAGCCACAGAUGAGCAGAGAAAGGAGUGGAAGAUGCAACGUGACCAACGUUUUGUGUGGCUGCCUAAUUUGGAAAAAACAGUGGAGGAGGAUUGUUUCGAUGAGACUGUCGAGGCGAUGGUUCAUCUGGGCAUUCAUGCAGAAAGGCAAAGAGAAAUAUUCAGGAUAUUGGCAGGGAUUCUGCAGUUGGGGAAUGUGAAUUUCUCCUCUACAACAGACGAAUCACAACCUUGUAACCUCGAUGAACAAUCCAAAGACGUCUUGCAGAAGGCUGCUGAGCUGCUGUGUGUCCCUGCUGAGGAGCUUCACAUGUGUCUAAGAGUGAGGACGUUGAAGGCGGGGAAACAGAGCGUGCUUAAGCCCUGUUCUCAGGCAGAGUGCAGCAUGAGGAGAGACUGCCUGGCCAAGGUCAUCUACGCCCAAUUAUUUGAAUGGCUGGUUACUUUCAUCAACAACAGCAUAUGUGCAGACAAAUCCACAUGGUGUAACUUCAUAGGAGUUUUAGAUGUGUACGGGUUUGAGUGUUUCAAGACCAAUAACCUGGAGCAGCUGUGUAUCAACUACGCCAAUGAGAAACUGCAGCAGCACUUUGUGGCUCAUUAUCUCAAAGCUCAGCAGGAGGAAUAUGUAUCAGAGGGGUUGCAGUGGUCCUUUGUCAAAUAUCAAGACAACCAGAGCUGCCUGGACCUUAUAGAGGGAAGCCCCGUCAGUGUGUUUUCUCUUCUUAAUGAGGAGAGUCGUCUUAACCGAGCCUCAGACGCAAAAACGUUCAGGGUUCGUUUGGAGAAGGAGCUCGGGGAUAAUGCCAACAUCAGCUGGGACAAGUUCAGCAAGGAGCCACACUUCACUGUGGCUCACUACGCUGGCAAAGUCAACUACCAGAUACAAGGGAUGGUGGAGAAAAACAAGGACCCAGUGCCACCAGAGCUCAUCAACCUGCUCCAGAAGUCUGACAACCCCCUGCUUCACCAGAUCUUCACUGACACAGAAACUGACACCCAAACUACCAAAGGGCUCAGUAAAGUUACUGUGGUCUCCAAGUUCAAGAACUCUCUGGAGAGCCUGAUGAGCAUCCUCCACAAUACAACUCCUCACUACACCCGCUGCAUCAAACCCAACCCAGACUGCAAGCCGCUCACCUUCAAGAAGGAGGAGGUUAUCACGCAGUUGGAGGCCUGUGGGAUUGUGGAGACUAUUCAUAUUAGUGCUGCUGGAUUUCCAAUAAGAAUUCCUUUCAAAGGCUUCAUGCAGCGUUAUGGACUGAUUGCAAAAUAUUCAGAUUUCAAGUCAGGAAGUCAUCGUGUUGAUGUGGAGGCUGGCAGUAACUACGUCCUUCGGCAAGAGGUGGAGAAGAUCCUCAGUGUUGUAUUACAGCACAAGCCGUCUGACCCCUCGCACAAAGUUAACGGUGAAAAACGCAACUCAUGGGUGCACUGCGGAAGGACUAAAGUUUUUCUCACCCAGUCGAUGCUAGAUUUGCUGGAGGAUCAGAGGAAGAAGAUCUUGUCUCAGUGUGCCUUCUCCAUUCAGUGCUGCUGGCUGCGGUACCGGUGCCGCAGACGCCGCGCCCGCCAGCAGUCUGCUACUGUGAUCCAAGCAGCGGUGCGGUCCUGGCGGGUCAGGAGGCAGGUCCGCUGCUGGAACAGAUCAGCUGCAGUCAUCCAGAACACCUGGAGGAAGUGGAGGACACUGUUGAAAUCCUUGGCUGAGGCAGAACUGGAUGAUGCAAAGGACCUUGUGGAGGAGGAAGUGCCAGUCCUGAGCCCUGUGAUCCGGGCGCGGGGCUCCGUGCAGCUGUCCUCCAUCCCGGAGCCUGUCACAGUGCGAGGGUGGCCCAUGGGCCUGGCUCUGGCCUCGGCCCCCUCCAUCACCAUGUCUAUGACAGCCACUGGCUUCCAGAAGAUGAUGUCUGUGAUGGCCUCCCUCAACCUGCCCUCCAGGAGAGGGGAGUAUAAGGUGAAGACCAACCAGUACUCCGAGGAGCUAGCCUCCAUACGGGCUCAACCCAAGGGAUCUGUAAAGCUGCACUGUCAGCAGUCUCCACUCCUCUAUGCUGACAGGCGGCCAGACAUGAAGAGUGACGUGACGGGGUUCAAUGCCAUCCUGCUGGAGAAGACAUUAUAAGAGUUUGCAGAACACUACAGGCUGAUUUCAUGGACACAGACUCAGGACAAUCUCUUGUAAGAAAGUGUUUUUCUACAGUGAAUCUGACACAGAGGGAACACACCUGCUAUUUUAUAUUUAUCAAUUUGCUCCAACUUUUGUUAAGAAUGCCAAAGAUUAUGUCAGUCAGUCAGCGACCUGUCCAAAAACACUAACCACUGACCCGUCACAUCUGGGAAAAGACAUAAUCAAAGAAUGAAUGAAUGAAUGAAUGGGGUGUGAGUAAUGAUUAUGAUGAUGUCACGGCAGGAUAAGGCAAACAGAAUCAUGUUUUGUGGCUGAAAUCACAUAGCACAUAGUUAGCACCUUUUUUAAACAGAGGAAUUGUUGCCAUCUGACUGUUGAACAAAGCAUUGGGCCUUUUGACGAGUGCCUUCCUUAAAAUCUACACUCAAAUCACAAAUGGGCUGAUAGUAUAUGUAUUUAUUUCAGGGUGAUUAUUUAUGUGAUUUUAUAGAUGUAUUUUGGGUGUAAAAACACGGGUCAGAUGCAGAUAUGAUGCCAUCUGACAUUUAUUUUGAGUGUGAUUUAUGCUGAGGCUGAGUGGGGGAAAACAGUAAUUAUGUAAGUAUUGCACAUGUAAAGCACAUAUUGCACAUUAAAACCUAACACCUGCUCACACACAGCACCAGAUGCACAUGAACAAGCAGACAUCUCUUCAGUGAAACAGGGAAAGGAUGAACCCAAGUUUAUUCAAAUUGCUGCUCGUCGUUGGAUAAACGUUAUUAUCUAAUAUGCACGUCUGUAAAAUAUUUGACUGAAACACUUCCUUGUUGGAUUUUUAAUCUGCUGCAGUCCAAAGCAUUAAUGCAAGUACUGUAUAACAUACCAAAGUCUUUUUACAUGAGUGUGUCAUGAGAACAAACAUGUUAUUAUAGGCAUUAUUUGACUUUAAUCAUAUUUUAUAAUAUUCAAAACAGGUUUUUACUAUAAGUAACGUUACAAAACAUUAUUCAUGUAACCUAACACUGAUGUUUAUCAUUCUAGCUUUUUACAGGGACAGCUCUGUUGCAUAUCUUCAUUUACUCACCAUUUCAUUUUUCCCAGCUAUAGAUUUACUGAAAUGGCAUUAUAAGUUUGUAAUUUGACAUCUAUGUACUGUUUUGCCAGUGAUACCAAGGGAUUAAUGUACACUUGAAAUAUGUCCGGAUUUAAAUGGCUGUUUUGUAGAAAUAAAUGUCAGUGUUAUAA